AUGGACGACAUCAAAGAGCCACCCAUCGCUGAGGUCACGAAGGAGGUUGACGAGAAUGUACCUCCACAUCCAGAUGCAGGGCUAUCGGAGGAAGAGCGAGCGAAGAAGGACAGAGCCCUUGUGUGGAAAAUCGAUAUGUACCUGGUGCCAUGGUUAUGUCUGCUGUACCUCGUCAGCUUCCUGGACAGGACAAACAUAGGCAAUGCCCGCAUUAUUGGUCUCGAGAGAGAUACUAAGAUCACUCCCGGUCAAUACAACCUGGCCCUAGCGAUCUUCUUCAUAAGCUACAGCAUCUUCGAGCCCCCUUCUAACGUCCUUCUGAAGAAGCUGCAACCACGGAUAUGGAUCUCGUCGAUCGUCGUCGUAUUCGGUAUCUGCUGCAUGUGUAUUGGCUUUGUCGAGAACUUUGGCGGGCUCGUAGCCACUAGGUGGUUCCUUGGUAUGGCUGAGGCAGGCCUAUUCCCAGGCUGCCAAUUCUACUUGUCUUGCUGGUACCGAAGGGGAGAGUUCGGCUUGAGGUCAGCUAUUUUCUUCUCCAGUGCAGCAGCAGCAGGAUCGUUCGGAGGCCUCCUGGCUGCUGGCAUCGCGGAGAUGGACGGCGUUGCUGGUAAAGCUGGGUGGAGAUGGAUCUUCAUCCUAGAAGGCAUCGUGACGGUAGUGAUCGGAGCUGCGUCUUACUUCAUGGUCCGCGACUUCCCCGACCAAGCCAAGUUCCUGAGCCAGGAAGACCGACUGCGAGUCUACUACCGCCUGAAGGACGAUCAACAAGCUUCUGCAGAGCACGAGAGCUUUAAGUGGUCCUCAGUCAGGGAGGCCCUCAAGGACUGGAAGACGUGGACUACCGCAAGCAUGUUCAUGGGCAAUGGCUGUUCUCUGUAUGCCGUGUCGCUGUCACUACCUACCAUUGUGCGACAACUAGGGUACUCCUCAACGAAAGCACAGCUACUUACGGUUCCGCCAUACUUUGUGGCCGCCUGUUGCACGGUACUAGUGUCGUGGAUUGCUGAUCGCACACGCCAGCGCGGCUACUGUACCAUGGCCACCUCCGGAACCGGUAUACUUGGAUUCAUCCUACUGAUGUCUCCUGUAUCUUCCGGCGUCAAGUACUUCGCAUUGUACCUCGCUGCCGGUGCGAUCUACCCAUGUGUGCCGCUAACGAUUGCUUGGACGGCGAACAACACCAACGGCACUUUCAAGAGAGCAAUUGUUAUGGGCAUCGUCAUCGGAUGGUCCAACAUGCAGGGCGUCAUUGGCUCGAACGUAUAUCAGACAAAGGACGCCCCACGCUUUCUUCCCGGUCACGGCAUCUGCAUGGGAUUCCUUGCAGUCUUCUUAUUUGGUGGCUCGAUCGUGCACAGGUUUCUGCUUGUGCGCGAGAACGCUGCCAAAGUGGCCGGCAAGAGGGAUCACCUUGUACAGGGCAAGUCAGCCGCAGAAAUUGCGUUGAUUGGCGACAGGAGGCCUGACUUCCUGUACACUCUGUAG